AUGGACUUUCCCGCAAAGCUGAGCGUGGGGUGGAAAGGACAGCCAGCUGCCCAUCAAGAGCAUCCUGAGGUGCCCAUCUACACCUUGUCGCAUCAUGCGACCAUUCAAGAGACGCUCGGCCGGACCUUGGGCCCGUAUACAGAGGGCUACCAGGCAGCAUUGCAAAUGGAGCUAGGACAAGGUGGAAGUGUCUGGCGCUCCAUCGCUUCCGCCUUGGGAUUGCUCGACGCGAAGGCGCCGGCGACAGCGCUGGCCGAUGUCCUGGUGCUCUGCGACGGUGGCUGCGAUGUGCUGCUGACCGGGCUGGAGACAGGGCUCGCGACGCCGGUGGAGGACAUGGCUCAUUUGAAGGCAGUUCUCCCGUUAGACAUCCCGGAGAAGUACAUCACGGCCUUAGGCGCCAACGUGGAUUGCGGCCAUGGCGUGGUGCAAGCGGAGCUGGAUCGCCGGCUGGAGGUCUUGUACAACUCAGGAAGCAUGAUUUUUCGCCAGCCUAUCAAGCUGGAGCACGCUGCGGGCGCCUACUUUGCGGAACUGGUCUUGCGAUGUUCCCCGGUGUCUUCCAUCGUGCAGAGCCUCGUGCUGGCGGCCAUGCAAGGCUACUGA